ACCGUCACACAGCACGCACGUCCAGUUGCCAUCGACGACGACGAGAGCUCUCCGGUGACGUUCCAAGAAGAGAAAACGCCUUUCAGCGUUCGUCAAAGCCCGCACGCUGUGCCCAAACCGACCCACGUGCGGAGAAUCGGAGCUAGUCUCCGCCAAGCCGCCGGUAUUUCGUCAACAGCUCCCCAGGCCGCCGCAACAUGAGCUUCAACUACACGAUGGAUCUCGACGGCGGCGCUUCGCCGUGGGACGACGUGCCCUCACAGAGCACCAGUCCACCGAACCAACCCAAAGAUGACGAUCACCAGAACUCGAGUUUAGCGCAAUCUACCGAAACCACGUCAUCGCCCGCGGCGUCGACGACGCUCACGGGGGGCUCCGGCAGACGUGGGCGUGGUCCGAAGAAGAUCGUGCGCCUAGGACCUCAACCUACAAAGCUUCAGGCCGUCGAUGAUACGCUGGGACCUCUCGGGCCGCUAGGCGACGGCAGCGCGCCUGGAGGUGCCGACGACGCUGCACCGGCAGGAGAUGACGUCGGAUCGCCCGGUACACACCCUGGCGCAGCCAGCCAGUCCUCGUCUUUGUCUCGGCUGAUGGACUCUGCGAGCUUGCAAGAUGACGGAGACGGAGACGGUUUUUAUGGAAAGCCGCGCGUCCCGCCGCCGGUACAACCGCCGUCUGGAGAGCAGCCACAGCGGCAGAAUCAGCCCAGCGUCGGCGUGGUCGAAGCUGCGAGGCCGACGUUCCACAUCACAGUGGGCGAUCCGCACAAGGUCGGCGACCUCACAAGCUCGCACACAGAAUAUCAAGUCUACACGAAGACCACUUCGAAAGCCUACCGCAACCCAGAAUUUGUCGUCUCCCGCCGCUUCCGUGACUUCCUCUGGCUGUACAACCAGCUGCACCAGAACAACCCGGGCAUCAUCGUGCCUCCGCCGCCGGAAAAGCAAGCGCUCAACCGCUUUGACGCCGACUUCGUCGAAUCGCGCCGACAAGCCCUCGAGCGCAUGCUGAACAAGAUUGCUGCACAUCCCACGCUGCAGCAUGAUGCAGAUCUGAAGCUCUUCCUGGAGAGCGAGUCCUUCCACGUGGACGUCAAGCAUAAGGAACGCAAGGAGCCGCUCGUAGGUGAGAGCAAAGGUCUCUUCGGCAUUGGCAGCGGCAGCAGCGGCAAGUUCAUCGAGCACGACGACUGGUUUCACGACCGCAGAAUCUACCUCGACGCCCUCGAAAAUCAACUCAAGGCUCUAGAGAAGGCAAUCGACACUGUAGUCGAGCAGCGGCGAUCUCUUGCCGCAGCUUGUGGCGACUUUUCCGCAUCCCUGCACUCCUUGGCCGCUGUCGAGCUGUCUCCUCUCCUCUCAGGGCCACUAGAGGGUCUUUCCGAAGUCCAGCUCCGCAUUCGCGACCUGUACGACCGACAAGCCCAGCAAGACGUGCUCACCUUCGGAAUUGUCAUCGACGAGUACAUCCGACUGAUCGGCUCCUGCAAAAUGGCAUUCCAGAUGCGGCAGAAAUCGUACCACUCGUGGCAUAGCGCCGAGGCCGAACUGGCCAAGCGAAAGGCCGCGCAGGACAAGUUGCUCAGGCAGGGGCGCAGCCAGCAGGAUCGCAUCAACCAGGUGCAGGCUGAGGUUGCCGACGCGGAGAAGAGGGCUCACCAGGCGAGGCUGCUAUUCGAGGAUAUGGGACGCAUCGUGAGGGUCGAGUGCGAGAGGUUCGAGAGGGAGAAGGUGGAGGAUUUCAAGAGCGGGGUCGAGACGUACCUGGAGGGCGCUGUGGAAGCGCAAAAGGAGUUAAUUGAGAUCUGGGAGACGUACCUCAUGCGCCUCGAUGCUGAUGACGAUACUGCAACGCUGGUUGACGAACCGGCUCCUGAGGGUAGAGCGUCGGGCGCGGAAUCGACAGCGCCGACUGCGGUCGAUGAACACGAGAGGCCCGUCAGUCAAGCCUCUGAAGAUGAAGAGAGAAGGGUUACUCGGAGUGCGGAAGAGUCGUGAUCUAGUGACUAUGCUCCUUCAAAUCAAGGGUAAAAACACACAUUUGACUCGCUUCAUGCUUUGACCAAAAAAUAUGUCUACUGUGGCCUAGUAUAGAUAGGUUCGAUUCUGAGCGCCGAGGGAAGAUGUCCCAUUUCACUCCUGUUAAAAGGACGACAAGCGACGUAACAACCA